GUACGCUCCGCUUGUCGCAUGCAUUUCCACGUCGAGACGGGUGGAGAGAGCAUAGAGGCGGAGAUGCAUCGUCGCACCUGGUGGGAAAUUACCACGCUCGACGGGCGUAGCCAGGAGAUUGCGGGCUUGGAUCCUGUCCUGCUUGCGCGCAACGUCCAGCGCAGAGUACCCAACGCGCUCAGCGACGACGUCCUGGCGGAAGGUGCGCAUCCACGAGAGCCAUACUCACAGCCACAAGCGUCCGCCUCACUCGACGCCCUCUUCCCCUACAUGCGCGCCCUCUUCGCCGAUUUCGCCCAGCGGUGUCGCGCUGAGCAGGCCAGGCAGGGCGGGCUCACCGCAAUGGGCAUGUUCGAGCUCUCCACGCCCAUCUGGACCCUCACCGAAAAGCUGCACCGCAUCGACGUUCUCGAGGCGCGGCUGGAGGCGCAAGUCUUCCGCCACUGCGGGCCAGACAGUCUCUCCCGGCUCAUCGUAGGGUUUGGCAGCUCUUUAUUAGCCAAAGCGCGCAUGCUCGCCAUCUUGGGCGAGGAGUCGCUGCAAGCCCGGCGGACAGCGCGAAGGGAGACGCACAAGCUCGAGGAUCUGAGGCAGCGCAUGCUGGAGUUGAGCGUGCGCUGUAUUUCCUACUACUCUGAGCUGCUCCGCGACAGCGCCGUACGCGCGCGAUUUGGCUGGUUCAUUGUGCGACACGUUCCCGCCAUCCCAAUGAUCCACCUCUUUCGACUCUUACAGACCCACACCACGGGACCCUCGGUGGAUGCCGCUUGGGCGCUGCUGCACAGGACGGAGGGUAUGGGAAGAACGCGCAAGCAAUUCGACGCGCACUACAAGGGGCAGGGAUUCCAUUGGCUGCCCACGCCCGAGGAGCCCGUGUUGGGGGACUCGACGUUCCUCAAGGCCUGGGAGGCGAGGAAGGCUGCAGUUGGGUGGGGGCGAGAGGACGUCGAGCCGGAGUAUAUUGUGGAGGUCAAGAGGAGAAGUGAGCAUGCGCAGCGCGAGAGGGAGCGCACACUUUUGACGGCAGCGAUGCCUUGGGGUGCGGAGGCCGGCGUGGGGGUGAGUAUGGGCACCAACCUCGGCGGGGGCUUCGACCCUACGCCUCCCUCUGCAGAGCUCGACGAGGAUUGGGAGGCGUGGCUGCGUCAGCUCUUAGGGACGAGUGCUUGAGAGAGGAGGCCUCGUUGCCGCUCCCUUGCUAUCGUCUGGCCCACGCCCCGUAAUGUCAUCUACUCCACUCCCCUUCCUUAGCGUGGUGAUCGCACCGCGUGUCGCGUGGGCCCAAGCCGAGCCAAGCUUCUCCUUCCGCCGCGCUCGCACUGGCCCACGUUGCUUCAGGCACGAUGUGCAGCCAGCCCUGCCCUUCGCUGCCCUGCCCACGCUGCACGCGAGGACGAUUCACGUCGUUCCUAAUC